GCCCCCCUUUUCCGGGUCUGCGUACCGAGCGGGGCAGAACCCUAGGGGCGCUGUGUUGCCGCCUCCUGGUCUCGCUUAGCUGUGUAAACCUUGCCGCCCGGUUACCCUCGAGUCUCUCAGCUCCCGACUUUCGCUCUAGGAGGCCCUGGCCGAGCGCCGGGACGGGCGCUGUGUUGAAAGCCACCCCCCCUCUUUCCAAAGCAGUGUCCUGUGCUAAAGGACACAGACCCUCUUGUCCUGGAGUGGAGCUGACCAGCAGAGGGUGCACGAGCUUUCCCAGGAGCUGGCUUCAAAGGCUAGGCUAGGCAGACCUGACUGGUGCCAUCUGUGUUUGCUGUCUGAUGAUUAAGAAGUACUAUAAAUGAAAAGGUUCUGGCACACCAAAAACACAGUUACCGAAUGGAAAGAGAGAGCAAUCUUAAUGUCACUUAGCAACGUGGCAAGUAUCUGCCGUAAUUGGUACUGAUUAGGAUGAAUGUGAUUUGGAGAAAUUCUGUUUCCUGUCUAAGGAUAAGAAAGGUGCCACAUAGAUACCAAAGUGGUAAUCACCCAGCGGCCCCUCUGGGAUCAAGGAUUUUAACUGACCCAGCCAAAGUUUUUGAACACAACAUGUGGGAUCACAUGCAGUGGUCAAAAGAAGAAGAAGCAGCAGCCAGAAAAAGAGUAGAGGAAAACUCAGCUGUGCGAGUCCUUCUGGAAGAACAAGUUAAGUAUGAGAAUGAAGCUAGUCAAUAUUGGGAUACAUUUUAUAAGAUUCAUAAGAAUAAGUUUUUCAAGGAUCGUAAUUGGCUGUUGAGGGAAUUUCCUGAAAUUAUUCCAGUUGAUCAAAAAACUGAAGAGAAGACACAAGAAUCAUCAUGGGAUAAUGUGAAAACUGGUGCUGCAAAUUGUUUCUCAAGAACGCACUGCCCUAUUAUGCCUGAAGAAAAAAAUCUUGGUAUGAAAAGGUGUGGUUCAUCAGAUGGUCCAAGCAAAGCAAGAUCUCAUUUUUCCAACCUAGACUCUGAAGAACACAGCGAAGGACCUCUGAAGACUGAAUUGUUUCCUGGUAGCAGUGCCACUUUCAGAAUCCUUGAGGUUGGCUGUGGUGCUGGAAAUAGUGUUUUUCCAAUUUUGAACACUUUACAGAAUGCUCCAGAGUCCUUUCUUUAUUGUUGUGAUUUUGCUUCCGGAGCUGUGGAACUAGUAAAGUUGCACUCAUCCUACAGAGCAGCUCAGUGUUGCGCCUUUGUUCAUGAUGUUUGUGAUGAAGAUUCACCGUACCCUUUUCCAGAUGGGAUCCUGGACGUCAUUCUCCUUGUCUUUGUGCUCUCUUCUAUUCAUCCUGACAGGAUGCAAGGUGUUAUAAACCGACUGUCCAAGUUACUGAAGCCUGGGGGAAUGCUGCUAUUUCGGGACUAUGGAAGAUAUGAUAAGACUCAGCUUCGUUUUAAAAGGGGGCAUUGCUUAUCUGAAAAUUUUUAUGUGCGAGGAGAUGGUACCAGAGCAUAUUUCUUUACGAAAGGGGAAGUCCACACUAUGUUCUGCAAGGCUGGGUUAGAUGAGAAGCAAAAUCUGGUUGAUCGUCGCUUACAAGUUAAUAGGAAAAAACAAGUGAAAAUGCACCGAGUGUGGGUUCAAGGCAAAUUCCAGAAACCAUUACACUUGACUCAAAAACCCUCCAAAUUGGUAUCACCACUCCUUUCUCAUGGCUGAGUUAUGUAUCAUGUUAAGGUACAAACCAGAGGAUUACACUAUUCAAAGACUUCUGUAAAUCUUUCAUUUUUGAAAGGGAAGACAAGAGAAUUUGUAUAUCCUGCUGUUUAUCAUGGGUGAGCUCUUUUGUUCAUUUUAAGCACUUGUAAAUGAUUUGGAAGAGUAUAUAUACCAUAUUCUGUGCUCAAGCUUGUUUGGGUUUAUUGUGUCUAACCAUUUUGUUUGUUCUUUGAAUUUUAUAAGCAUUCAGUUAAAUGACUGAUAUAAGUCAGAUGAUUCUGAGAAACUAUACCCUGCCACUUUUUAGAAGUGGGAAAAAAACAUCUAUUUAUACAUUAGUCUAACACAGUUAAAUUCUCUUCCUCUCUUAUCUGAUAACGGAAAGGCAGCUCUCCUUGUUUCCUUGGCCAGUCACAAAACCAAGACUAAGGUGUUUGUUUUGUUGUUGUCUGUUUUUUCCCAAAACUCUUUUUUUUUUUUGAUUCAGAAACUAAUGUCUGAAAUAGAAUGUUAGUUUCUCUUUCCUUUCCUAAAAUUAGGGAAGUAUGACCCAAGCUAACAUUAUUUUCAGGCUAUUCUUAGGCAUACAAGUUGUAAUCUCUCUUUAAGACAACUGCUAUACACGAGAAAAUUCUUAAAUUGUAGCAAUUAAAAAUUUAUUUACCACCUUGCCUCAAAAAGGGUAUAAGUUGGCUUUCAAAUUGUACUUUGUAAAAACAGAGUUUCUAAGAUUGGUUUUUCGUUUGUUAUACAACAUCUACUGGGUACUUACAUUGUGCAAAAUUAUAUGGAGUAAUACAACAAAGACUCAGUCCUGUCUUCAGGGAGCAUAAAUAGGAUCUGGCUGGCAAAGAAAAAUGUGCACAUCCCAAGCCUCUCAAUCACAAUCUCUUAUAAUAUAUGAACAGGUACUCAAAUAGGGAACUUAUCAGCUAGUGGACUUUGGUUCUGAGCCACAGAAAUCUGGAAGAAAUGGAUAGUCUCUUGAAGGACCACCAUGGGAAAAAUUUAGUUCCCACUGUUUUUUCCUUUUUGAAUUCACUUAAAAUUCAGUUUUCUGUAAGAAUGUGAUUGGUCCCACUUGGGUCAUGGAUUCAUCUCUUGACAGGUUGGGGCAGGGUGGCUUCAUUGAUGAUGCGACUAAAUGUAUGGAGUGGAGAAAAGUUCCUCAAAGCAGAAUGAAGACCCUGUUAUCAAAAAAAGAGAAGAGGGAUGCUGCCUAGUCAUAAACAUGUCACGUAGUAGUGGUAGCAGCAGCAAUAGUGGUUCCAAAGAGAGAGAAAGAUUAGCUGGUGGGAAGAAAAGGGGAAGUAUCAGCAUUCUGGGGGAGGUGGGUGUCAGGCUAGUCCUUGAACAUGUGCUCUCAGAAGAUGAUGAAAGACAAGUGUGUUUGGUAUGGACCAUUCGAGAUGAGGAAUCAUGGACAGAAGAUAGGGAGGUCAGCUUAUAGACAGAAUAGAAGAGCACAUUUUGGGGGGGGCGCUUGGGUGGCUCAGUCAGUUAAGCAUCCAACUCUUGAUUUCUACUCAGGUUAUGAUCUCACGGUUUGUGGGAUGGAGCCCCCACGUUGGGCUCUGUGCUGACAGCACGGAGCCUGCUUGAGAUUCUCUCUUUCUGCCCCUCCCCUGCUUGCACUCACUCUCUGUCUCUCUCAAAAUAAAUUAAAAAAAAAGGGGGGGGGACACAUUGGGUUCUAGUCUCUGGAUUGGAGCAAUCUGAAGUUUGUUUCUUUGUUUCUGUUUUAUCCUACUGAUAGCAUGUUAUGAAUAUAUUUAGAGAGAUUAGGGCAUCUUAUGUAGAAUGGAAUGCAGUGAGGUCAUAUGUGGGAGCAAGGAGGAUCACAAGCUUUUUGCAUAUACUUGCCUUGGUAGCAAUUCCUCAGAAGUACAAUAUUAAGGUUUCUGUUUAAAUAUGCUUCCGUCAAUAAUCCAAAAGUUGAAAUUUGCCUGAGACUCUUCACUCUGUUGUAUUUCAUAAUUAAAGUGUACAUUUAAAGCCAAACUAAUGAACGUAUUACAUACAACAAGGGCAGUUAGAUAAGUUAAUGUUGCUAUGGGAACCCCAGUAGAUCUUCUUGUGUCUCAAUUUAAAAAUCAUGGCCUAAGGUGGUUUUAAAAACAACAGAAGAUAAAAUCAUUCUCACAUCCUCACACAUGUAAAUCAUACUCUCUCUCUCUCUCUCUCUCUCUCUCUCUCUCUCUCUCUCAGUCCUAAAUAGCAGAUUCAAGCCAGGCUUUUGACUGGCACAG